GCUGCCCCUCAUGAUCCCCACCUGGCGGGCAGGAAGCGGAAGGCUGACUGGGGCUGUCAUGUGACCGGGAUGCGGAAGCUCUGCACGGGAGGGGGGGGUAGCUUCCGGCGUCGGCCGGGCUGGAGCGCGGAGGUAGUGCAGGCCGCACCGGGCGCUGAGGCCGGACUCCAUCCCGCUAUGCGAGAGACUCCGAGGCCCACAGCACAACACUAAAUUUGUAAUGAAAUGGAGUCUGGGUCAAGCUCCUUUCGAGUGGAAUUUCCAGAUUUUUCUAGCACCAUAUUGCAGAAGUUAAACCAGCAGCGCCAACAAGGACAAUUAUGUGAUGUAUCCAUCGUAGUUCAGGGCCAUCUUUUCAGGGCCCACAAAGCUGUUCUUGCAGCUAGUUCCCCUUACUUCUGUGAUCAGGUUCUCCUGAAAAACAGCAGGCGAAUAGUCCUGCCAGAUGUGAUGAAUCCCAGAGUAUUUGAAAACAUUCUUCUGUCUACUUAUACAGGGCGGCUGGUAAUGCCUGCUCCAGAGAUUGUUAGUUAUUUGACAGCAGCAAGUUUCCUUCAGAUGUGGCAUGUAGUGGAUAAGUGCACAGAAGUGCUGGAGGGGAACCCAACUGUUCUGUGUCAGAAGAUGAAUCAUGGCAGCGAUCAUCAGUCCCCCAGCAGUAGUAGCUACAAUGGCCUUGUUGAAACCUUUGAACUUGGCUCUGGAGGACAGACAGAAUUCCACAAAGUGCAGGAGCUAAGAGAUGGCGAAAAUGAAGAAGAGAGCUCUAAAGAUGAACUGUCAUGUCAGCUGACAGAACAUGAAUACCUUCCCAGUAAUUCUUCAACAGAACAUGAUAGACUUAGCACUGGAAUGACAAGCCAGGACGGUGAAGAAGGAACUAGUGAUAGUGCAGAUUAUCAGUAUGCCAGACCUAUGUAUAGCAAACCCAGCAUCAUGUCUCACAAGCGGUGGAUCCAUGUGAAACCAGAAAGAUUUGAACAAGACUGUGAAGGAGUUGAUAAUCCUUAUGAUGAACACCAGGUUUCUGAAUCGAUGAAUGCCAUUCAGGCAGACCAUUCAAUCCAGUCUUCAGGUGUCGAAGACUUCCAUAUAGGUGACAAAAAGAUGGAAACAGAAUUUGAUGAACAGGCAGAUGAAAGUAAUUAUGAUGAACAAGUUGACUUCUAUGGCUCCUCUAUGGAAGAAUUUUCUGGUGAAAGGGCAGAUGGAAAUAUUAGUGCCCACAGACAGGAUCUUAUGAUAGCAGCAGGCUAUGGUGAAGGCAUUGAAAUGGCUACAGGAAUUAAAGAAGAAACAUCUCUCACUGGAUUCUCACAUGCUGACAAGCUAUACCCUUGUCAGUGUGGGAAAAGCUUUACACACAAAAGUCAGAGAGAUCGGCAUAUGAGUAUGCACCUUGGCCUUCGACCUUAUGGCUGUGGUGUCUGUGGUAAGAAAUUCAAAAUGAAACACCAUCUUGUAGGCCACAUGAAAAUCCAUACGGGCAUAAAACCCUAUGAGUGUAACAUCUGUGGGAAAAGGUUCAUGUGGCGGGACAGUUUUCAUCGGCAUGUGACCUCUUGUACCAAGUCAUAUCAAGCUUCUAAAGCUGAGCAGAGUACUACUGAAAUGAACUAAAGCAUCAGCGCUUACAUUUGUUUAGUAGAGUAAGCAGAAUAAACUAAUUAUGCAAAAAAGAAAGCUUGGUACUUGCUAUUGUAAAUUCUCCAAAAAACAAGAUGUAAUAAUUACGCUGGUAUGAGCAGACCAAACUUUUCUAUUAUUUUCCACAGUAUUACUGCAGGUGGUCAAUGUGUGAAGUGCAAAUGGUUAAUCUUGAAAGGUUCCUGCAAAACGAGGUCUGCAUGGCCUUAAUGACACCAACUGUAAUCACAGCAGUAUUUAGAAACCUUGUUGUUUUUCUAAGUCUUACAAAUUUACAGUAAAACCCAGCUCUAAAUUAACCUGAAUUCUGCAAAUACUUAGAUGAAACCCUGCUUUACAGAAAAGAGAACUAGAAUGACCAAACCAGGUUAUAUGAUUCACAUUUUAAUGAAAAAAAAUAAAAUGAUAGAGUUCCACCUCAAACUGGGGACUGCCAACAUACUUAACAUGCAUCAUUAGAUAGUCUGCAUCAUUACCUGCCUGGACACGUUCCUCUACAGCCUGCGUUAGGCAAACCUGUUAGCAGGAGGUUUAAAUCUGCAGAGCUCCCUUCCAACCCCUACCAUUCUAUGAUUAGAUAGCCUUUGUUGUAUUGCUUAGUGAAAGGCUGUGUUAAAGGUGAUUUGGCUUUCUUUGAUCUGUCUUCCAUUCUUUAUCCCUCGACAGUAAAAUGAUGUCUAACUUGUGCUGAUUUCUAUAUAGUGUCUGUAAAGCACUUAGAGUUAAGCGCUAUAUAAACUCAAUCUGUUAGGUAUAAUUUGUCUUUGCUCUAGGGUCUAAUGCUGUAUGACUCUUGGCUUGACUUGAUUUUAACUGCUACAUUGUGAGAGCUUGUAGAAGUGUGUCAUAAGUCCUAAACAAAACUAAAAUGUGAUAUUUGGAACUUACCCAAAAUAUUCUAACAUUUAAACUCUAUGGUGGCUUACUACAGUAGCAAGUACCAAACCUGGUGGAUUCAUGAAUUGACUUUUUAUUGGUACAAAUCUUCUAUCUAGUUUUAGAAACCUCCUUUAAGAAGGUUACUUAGUCAUUGAUAGAUAUUUAUACUUUUAAUUCUUUACUCUUUGAAUAUUAAGAACUAUAAUACAGAUUCUUGGUACUGAACUACUGUGACUGGUUACAUGUGAUCACAAGCAGCCAGAGUUGUUUACUUCUUCAAAUGAAGUUGCUUGUGGAAAAAAGUAGAAAGUAUAGUAUUUGGAUUUUUAAUGGUACUGCAGAACAUGGUACCGUGCUCAUGUCCAAAGGCUGGAUUUUUGCUGGGCAAGUGGCACUUCUCCUCUGUUAGGAUGAGGAUCUAAGUGCUGGGCUCUCAUUCUUGGAGAUAGAUGGAGGAGUGUUUCCAGUUCUGAGAGUUGCUGCCAGCUCUGCAGGUAGAGUGAAUUCAUCAGUUGUGAAGGUGGCAACAGGAUUUAGGGGUUGAAAGCUUAAUGCAGUCCUGUGCAAAAGCAAUUGACCCUUCUUUGUAGUUUACUGAAACUUACUAUAAUAAGGAAAGAGCCGUUAGAGCUUACACAGACUACACUAGAAAGGGGUGAUGCCCAAGUACAAUGCUGGUAAAAGGGGAGAAAGUUUACUGGCAUCAGAGGCCUGAGCUUGUCUGGCCCUAGUUUGUGUAUUAGCUGCUGCAAUACACAGGAUAACGUACUUGAACAGAUGACCCUGUAUGAAAGCAAAAUCACAUGAAGAUAAUUGCUGUUUAGAUGCUUUUUUGAACACCAGUUACAAAUGGUCUUAAAAUGCAGCCAAACUGUAUCCUGAACAUGAAUGUCUGAUACAAGCUGGGGGUUUACUACUCAGUGGGCUGUAAUUACUGUAACUUUUUUCCUGGCAUUCUAUUUACAAACUUUAAUUUUUUAAGAGGCUCUUAAUCUUCUAAUGCUUCAGAUAUUUUUCCUAUGGAAUUUUGUUAAAACAGAUAUUCCCAAAUAUGAUGAACCCAUUGCUGGCGAUGGGCACAAAUGGUCAGCGCCACGGAGUUCCUACUCUUAGCACUUAAUUGAGCUCUCAAAUAUGUCCUGGUGGCCAAAUAUAACCCUUGUAAUCAAGGAAACUAAACAGGGAUUUCCUCACUAACACUGUAACCUGCUUAAUGUAUAGAAGCACUUUGUAUUAAAAAAAAAAAAAGAGAAAAAAAACAAAAUAAAAAAGCAAACCAUAAAACUUUAUAGGUAUGUUUUCUAAACUUAGAAGUUCUAUUUCCUUUAUUUGUUUCCACACUGCUAACACUGUCUUUUUUAAUGUUAAAAAUAAUUAUUAUAAUGUUUGCCUGUUUACAUGAGUGUAGAGAAAAAGGUUUCUGCACUCAAUGGCCCUAUUUUUCCAUUCUCCAAGGCCUUACUACAUACAGGGUGUUAUUUCUGCAAGUACCAUCAUCACAUUUGAGGGAAGGUACUCUCAUACUCAUUUCCAGAAUGAUCUGUAUGUUACAGUAGUUCUCAACCCCUUUCAAAUUAUCACUUCAGUGUUGCAUGAAAAGGUUAAGGGUGCCUCUUCCCAUUUAACCAUAAAAAGGGCUGGUCAGAAACUGGUGACUGAAAACCGUGGUUAAGCAAAAUUAUUUCUGUUAAACCCAGACCAUCCUACAGAGCUGCCAGCAAAACUGUUUCUUUUACCAGCUUGGAAUGACUUUCAUAUAGGACAUUUCAAAGUUUAAACAUUAUUCCUAUUUGCAGUUAAAUUACUUUGAAAUAAAGCUUUAAAAUAAAAUGUACUGCGAGAGACACUUUAAAGGUUUUAUAACAGGUCCAGUAGAUCAUAUUAUAGAACCAUGUCCUUUUUUUAAUGACUUAGCAUGAAUAGUAACUUGUUGAUAUUUGCCUAUUACUGUUUUAGGCCAUAUUAUGACAUUGUCUUCAAAGUUCAACAAAUAUUCCUCCACUGAUUCUGUAGUACUUAAGUUUCUGAUGUUAAUUUACAUUAUACCAGAUGAUUGCAGGUAAAUACUCAUCUUGUUGCCAUGCAAUGUAGUUGAGAGGGUUGGUGAUUUAAGUGAAGCUUGAGCUACAGGCAAAAUGGUAGACUUGAGGGAGAGUUCUGAUUUUAAUUUAUUGCCCUUUGACAAACUUCUAAUUAUGAAUUGGGUAUUGGGGAGGGGGAAAGAUAACCAAAAAAAUUACUUAAGCACACAUCUUGCUUAAGCCUAACACCUUCCUGCCUUUGUAGUGUGUUUCCCUUGUUAUGUCUGUGAGUUGCUAUUAGCCCAUAUCGGUUCUUUUAGUGAGGUGAAAAGUCACACAGGAGGUUGGGCUUAUAUGCAUACUGAUUUGACUGAUGCUCUUCACCUCGUAGUGAGUGUAGUCUGUUGCUCUGGGCUUGUCAGUGUUGCUAUUCACGGUGGCAUCAAGUGAACAGUCCCUUCAGGGAUGUGCCUGUUGCAGCUUAGGUUAUCUGUGGGCCUGUGUCAUUUCAGAGACAUGCUUGCUCUGGUGUGGCUUAGCUCUAGCCCAAAGUCCCCUCAGAAGUGAAUCUCUUCAGACAUUGGAGUGUGUCCUCCUGUGAGUGUGUCUCUGUACGUGUCCUCAGUGUCUUUACCUCUGUUUUCCCAAAAGCAGCUCUUCAGUUUCUCUGUUUCCCCAGGAGUAUUUUCUCCUUCUGUUUCUCUCCACACCUUGUUAACAAUUGCCACUCUUUCUUAAUUAUGUUUAAGCAGAGGCACUGUGCAUUCCUGGUUGAAGUUUGGGCAUGCAGAGGAUUGUUUGCAUCGCUUUCAGUGCAGGCUAGAACCUGUUUUGAUUAGCACUAGAUAGCUACAACUUCUUGCCACAUCUCGGCCUUGCAGUCCCCUGCUAGUGAAACCAUACAACGUAUAUGCACAAUGUAUAUGGCUGGACACAUUAAACUAAGAUAUGCAGGUGCAGCUUCUGCCAAGGUCUUAAUCAUUGCUAUUGGAGUGGCCUUAAGAUACGAGGAAUUGUUUCUUGUUUGUGGGCAGGAGAGAAGUGAUCCAUUAUAUAUUAUGAAUGCAUAUGUAUUUGAUAAAUUUGAUUAAUCUUCCCUUAAGCUUCAUCACCUUUAGUGGCAGAGCUUAGAAACAUCUCUGCAGCUUUGUAUUUGCUAUUGGCUGUAGUAAAGUGCAUGUCUUCUGAAAAACUGAAUCAUUGUGCACACAGGAGGCUUUCAGAAUGUCCUGCUGCUGUGAAGCCACCUAUUGUCCUGUCAGUGGUAAGAACACUUUGUGAUGCUACAGCUAAUUUCCUUCUCGUUCCAUUUUGUAACAAAGAUAUUAAUUACUGUGGAAUCUGGAGCUGCCAUUCUGGGAAAUUUAGCUCUUAGCAGAGUUAACGUCUCUGCUUAGCUUUAUAUCUGACCCUUUUGAGGGAGUAGGUUCCUGCUUCACACACCACUGUUCUUUAGGGUUGGUUAGUUUGGGUUUUGUUUUUGUUGGGGGGGGGGGGGGAGGUGCUUGGGGUUUUGGUUGUUGGUGUGUUUGUCUUGGGUUUGGGUUGGGUUUUUUUGGUUGUCAGGUUUUCGUUUGUUUUAAAACAUUGUUUGCUUUAUGAGUAAGCAGGCAGACUGUAGGAAGUACUGUCAGUACAAAUUCUUCUCCUACUUUUUUGUCAUGUGAGUUGUUUCUGGGAUUGCAAAACUGUUUCCUGUAUCAAAAACAAGGUGGAUGAACAAAGACUGAUGUAUUUGGUUUCUCAUUACAAGAAUAGUACUUGAUAUCCCUGUAUCAUUGAGCCUGAAAGAAUGGAGGCACAUCAGGUCUUGUAAUUUCACCACUUUUGUGCAGGUGCCAGAAAGGUGACCUGUCUCUGAGUUAUGAGAGCUUACAGCAGUAUAUUGAAUAUCUUGCUUUAACAGAAUUAGAACCUUUCUCAAAACAAUGAAGGAAAGUUGGGAGUUUUGUCCUUUAAAUGCUUCAUUGGAUAGCUAGGCUUCUUCAGCUCUAAGGUGUAAGCUGUCAGUGCCCAUGGGGAAGAUGCUGGAAAACAAAAUGGUUUAUUUUUAAUGUGAUUAAACAGUAAGUUCUGGUUUUUGCUUGAAGCCUGUGUCUGUCAAUUGCUGCUCCUUGUUUUAUUAUUCAUGAGUUUCCAUAUUUCUUCCAGAAAUGUAACUGUUCAUGCAAGUCAAGUGAAUCUUCCUUAAUGAGGUAUAAGUUUUUAUUCUAAACAAGUCAUUUAUAAUAGUAAAUUUGCAUAUCUUGAUAUUUUGUGAGAUGUUAUGCCUGUAUUGCAGAGGUUGGAUAGUUUUAUCUAUAAUUAUUGCUGUCCUAAUUGUACAGCAUGGUUUUAAUUUAAUGUUACUGUUCAAUAUUUUCUUCUUAUAGAAGAGUCCCAUGCUCCUUUUUUGUAUAACAUGUUUUAAUAAAUGUUACCUGUCAACUUUGUACAUGUUUUCUUAAGCUUGAAUGAAAGGAAUGCAUGUCUAGUACUAGUAUUUAAUAUUUCACUUUUGCCAAAACAAUAAGUGCUCAAGCAAAAGUACAGAUCCAAAAGUUGUUGCUAUAUAAGUUUAUUAAAUAUAUAAAGAAAAA